CCGGCUUCAUCCAUCCGUCUUCCAGAAACAAGGCCCUGUAUUCGCCGUUCGUUGUUUACAAGCGCUAGAAUCGCAUCGCAUCGCAUCGCAUCCCGUGUGCGUCUUUCUUUACGCAGCGUACAUAUCAACAAGCACGGGCAAACAUCUCCCUAUUUCGCCUCGUUUCUUUUCGCCCUGCCCUUCCCUUUGGAUCGCAGCGACAAUGGCGUAUGAUCGACUCUCCAGUCUCGAGGCCGGCCAGGGCGGCGCCGGCUACAGCGAUGACCCUGCGUUCCAAGACCUCCAAUACGAGCUGAAAAACAAGCUGCAGUCGUUGCUGAGCAAUAACCGCAAGCUUGCCAACGAUGUCAACGUCCUGGGGACGAAGAAGGAUACCCCUCGCCUGCGGGAGCGGGUUCACAACACAAUGGAGAAGUCUCGGGAAAUCUGCAAGGAGAUUGGCGAUGGUGUGAAGAAACUACAGACAUGGGAUGAUUUAACUAAACAACAAAAAUACGAACAGACAAAGGUCUCGAGCGAUUUUCAGACUGCGCUCCAAGAGUUCCAGGGCUUGCAAAGAAGGGCUCUGGAAAAGGAGCGCGCAUCCGUUACUGCAGCUCGCGAAGCACAGGCAUCCGAAAUUACCGGCGCCGGGGGUGAAGAACAGCUGCAGCUGCAACAGCAACAACAGCUGUCACAACUAGCCCCGCAAGAUGAGGUAGAUUUCCAAGAGGCCUUAAUCAUCGAGCGAGAAGAGGAGAUUCGAAAUAUUGAGCAGGGAGUCGGCGACUUGAACGUGCUAUUCAAGCAGGUGGCACAGAUUGUUACCGAGCAGGGCCAGCAGCUCAUUACCAUCUCCGACACCGUGGAGAAUGUUCACGAAAGCACCCGCGGCGCCGAUGUAGAGACUCGUCAAGCAGCUCGAUACCAGAAGGCAGCUCGCAACAAAGGCUGUUGUUUGCUACUCAUCUUGGCCGUCAUUUUGACCAUCGUUCUUCUAGCGAUUUUUGUUGGCUAAACAUGAUUUGCGCAAAACGAUACACCAAACUACUAUGUAGUUUUUUUUCUUCUAUACGGAGUUUUGAUUCCUUUUCUCUAUUUUCGGCGGAGUUCAUAGUACGGUUAUACUCUACGCUGACACCUUAUUAAAGAUGUAUAUACCUAGGUAGGAUUCGGGAUCACUUGGCAUUUUUGGACCUUUCUCUUUAGCGCG